AGUGGGUGGAACCCAAACAUCGGAAUGAAAGAAUGCAACUGAUAAAUAUGGAUUGCAUCUGUUAUAAACUAGGAUUAAAAUAAAGCCAUGGAUAAGUAGUCCAACAGGCGAUUAGGUCAGACGUGCUAAUUGAGCAUCCAUGAUGAAUAAUAUCAUUACUCGAUUGAGCAUUAUUGUAUUCAGACUAAUGGCGAUUGUGUGAAAAGCAGAUUAAAUGAGAUUCCGCAUAUUACAUUGUUUUCUAUAUACAGACUCUCGCAAUGGCAUAUACAUAUGAUAGAAUGUGUAUGGAUGGGAUAAUGUAAGGGCAAAUGGAUAUCUGCUCGGGCUAUCCGAUGACCCAAAACUAUUGAAAGUUGGUGAUAAGAAAUUAUGGAUCAAUGAUCCAAACAGUGAAUUAUGUCGCCCUCUCAACUGUAAAAAAAAAGAGCUUUGUUUGCUGGAAGAUACAUUUACUGCGGUUUGCGUAUCAAAAAAAGAACUUUAUAAAUCUGGAGACAUUGUUGUGCCGAAAUUUCGGAGUAAUCAGCAGAGGAACAUCCAGAGUGAUAAUUCAAUUGAAAGUGAAGACGACGACGCAUUUUUCGACUCUGAAGACGAUGAUGAGGAUCAAGAUGAGUCCAAGUACUCAAUUAAUUAAAUUAUUUUUAUAUUUGGAUGAAUGGCAUACAUUACUCCUGACAAAUUAAUUAAACGAACUUUCAAGUUUACACUUUUCUUUAAUUGAUGAUUUUACGCACUAUGACCCUGUACUCAAAUUAUUUGGAUUUGUUAAUGAUCAUUGUAGACAU